CUCCCGGUUUGUGCCUGUUUGGGGGAAAGUAAGACGUUUCCUAGUAAAUUCUGUUAUCAUAGGUCAGACAACGGCGUGCUGCACAAAAAUGGAUACAGACAGAACUACGAAGCUGGAGUUUGCAGUGCAGAUGACAUGUGACAGUUGUGCAGAGAAAGUCAGAGCUGCACUAGAAGGAAAACCAGGAGUGCAGUCGGUGAAGAUAGAUGUGGGGAAGGAGGAGGUUCUGGUGGAGUCUGUGCUGACGUCCCAUGAGGUGCAGGAUCUCAUAGAGAGCACUGGGCGCAGGGCAGUACUAAAGGGCAUCGGAGGAACAGAAUUGGACCUGGGUGCAGCGGUGGUCAUGAUGGGCGGUAGUGGUCCUGUCCAGGGGGUGGUGCGGUUCCUCCAGCUGUCUGAGGAGCGCUGUCUGAUUGAUGGGACCAUUGAUGGUCUGGAACCUGGCACCCACGGACUCCACGUCCACACGCUGGGAGACCUCACACAGGACUGCCAGAGCUGUGGAGAACACUAUAACCCCUAUGGGAGACAACAUGGUGCCCCGCAGGACCCAGACAGGCAUGUAGGUGAUCUGGGGAAUAUUGUGGCUGGACCAGACGGUCGAGCCUCAUUCAGACUAGAGGACCCUGAGCUGAAGGUGUGGGACGUGAUUGGUCGGUCUCUGGUGGUGGAUGCUGGGGAGGAUGACCUGGGAAGGGGGGCUCACCCCCUCUCCAAACUAACCGGGAACUCCGGCCAGAGGCUGGCCUGUGGGAUCAUCGCUCGCUCCGCUGGCCUGUUCCAGAACGCCAAGCAGAUCUGUGCGUGUGACGGGGUUACUCUGUGGGAGGAGAGGGACAGACCGCUGGCCGGGACGGGUCGCAGCAAGACCACUACAGAGACACCUGCUGCUCACCUGUGACCUGGGGUCUGUUCAGGAGGAUGUGAUGUUAUAGAACAUAAAAAAAUACAUGUACAUGUAUUGUGGAUAUGUGUGUCAGCUGGAACACGGAACCCUGUCAGCGCUAUUAAUUAUAUUUCUAUCUGCAACGUUCAGAACGUUUCGUAACACUGAAUACAUCCAUGAACGGCCUACCUCACUGGCUGUAGCUGAUGUCACACUUACUGAAGUUGCACUGAGAGCGAGGGAGGGUAGGAGAAAAGAAGAGGAGAAACCGAAACCGAAGUAUUGUCUAUUCAGCUGUAAUAAUUAUUGAAUUGCCAUAUAGAAUUCUUUCAAGAUCGGAACCUGUCAUAAUUCUAAAGAAAAAAGACAGCACAAUAAUAUGAUAUAGGUUUGUAGAUACUUAGUCAUCUCCCAUAUAGGCAAGAUCAGGAUUCCAAGCCCAAAUAUCCCAUGUUGACUAUUCUGUUGUCGAAUAAGUUUAACAGUUUUGUACUGUUAAGCAGUCAAUGUUGUAAUUCUGUUUAAUUACAAUUUCAUACUUAUCUCAACUGCUUUACUGUCUAAAUAUCUGUCUCUUGAUCUCUGGAUGUGCUCAUUGUGUGUUUUUGAAACUGUGGGGGUUGAUUGGAUUGACUUGAUGGGGACUGUUUUAGUGGUUCAAUUACCUGUUGGUAGAAUGCCAUUCUACUAGGGUGAAUCUCAGGUCUUUCCUCGAUUCCUCACAUCCUCUCUCUGUACCUUCUCCAGUCGCAUUGGAGGUGAAGAUCACCUCAGAUCUUCUCCUCCAAUGAGUUUGGGGGAUUCGGGGAGCGAGGAAGCGAUGAAAUACUUUAGGGCAGCAGGUAGUCGAGUGUUGGACCACUAACCGAGGGGGUCGAUGGUUCGGGUCCACAAGCUGACUAUGUGAAGAGUCUGAUGUGCCCUUGAGUGGGGCGCUUGACCCUAGUUGCUCGUGUGGGUCGUUCUGGAUACAAGCGUCUGCUAAAUUAUUAAAAUGUAGCAGUUUUCAUGACUUGAAUCAUGGUUAUAUCAAAAUCUUUGUAGCUAGUGUUGUAAGUGAUUUUGUUUUUCUUUCUCAAGUUAAGGAAAGUUAUUUAUCAACUUCUCAGUGAAAUUUGCAAUAAAAGGCACCAGUUGCCCUUUGGACUAUGGUGAAACCUGCA